UUGCCAACAGCAAAAGGGAAAAGAAUCCAUUUGUUCGUGUCGUCAAGGGUUUCAUAUAUCAAAGAAUAAAAUGUUUUGUCAGCCAGACACCGUAGAAGAUAAACCUUUGGUAUUGUCCGUCAAAGAAGACGUAGCACCCGUCUCACUGGGAAGAUCCUGUAAAUCACAUUCAGAAUGUCAAGUUCGCGAUCCGUACAGUUCAUGCAUCGAUGGUAUCUGCGAGUGCAUCAAGCCGACACCAAACUGCAACUCUGGCAACCGAGGAUGCCACAAUGACACUUUCCAGUGCAGAAAUGGUCAAUGCAUUUCCUGGUAUUAUGUCUGUGAUAAGGAAACCAAUUGUCCAGAUAACAGCGACGAAGACGAGUGCAUUCCUUUCAAGUGUCCUAAAGAAGCAUUCCAAUGUAACGAUGGCACAUGUCUUUCGCGUGGUCUUGUUUGUAAUGGAAGAUGGGAAUGUCCGGAUGGUAGUGACGAAGCUAGAUGCUACAAAGGAAUACCGUGCGAUGAGAAAGCUCAUCGAUGCUCUAACGGACAGUGUCUACCUCAAUAUUCGUUUUGUAACGCCGUUUCUGAUUGUGCAGAUGGCAGUGACGAAACGUACGAAGUCUGUCAGAAAGGAAUUACUUGCCCUUCCAAUCACUUUCGAUGCAAAAACAAUCGUUGUAGAUCGACCGCCAUUUUGUGUAGUGGCAUGGAUGGUUGCGGCGAUAACAGUGACGAAACGGAUUGCGAAAUAUGUUAUUGUGAGAAACCACAGUUUUCGGCGAAGAAUGGUCUUGAAAGACGAUCCGAAUCAUUACGAUUUAACGACAAAGUUACUGUAUUUGCACCUUUACCCACAAGUAUGAAAUUAGACGAUCCGUGUAAAUCAUCGUUAGAAUGUCUAUUAUUUGUUCAACAUAGUUUCUGCGAUUGGGAUGAUAGGAUCUGUUCCUGCCAACCUUACCACAUUCGAUAUAAUGAUACCGCUUGUCUGCCAGCUUCGCUGCUUGGUUUCGGAUGUGCGGUCGAUGAGCAAUGCACUCUGAAAGUACCGCAUAGUGAAUGCAUCAAUGGAUUAUGUCAAUGUCAACCCAAUCAUGUGCCACUUCGUCGAGACAAAUGCCUUCCACCUGCAACAGUUGGAGAUUAUUGUCUGAAUAAUGUUCAGUGCCAUUUAUCCAGCCCUUUCAGCUAUUGCAAAUACAUCAUACCAAGGAUCUACGGAAAAUGCCAAUGCCCAUAUGGCUAUCUAGUCACGGAAGAUGAUAAAUGCCUUCCUUAUUUGGAGAAUAAGUGCCAAAGCAACGAAGAUUGCGAAUAUGCCACACCAAACUCCUAUUGCCAACAGCAAAAGGGAAAAGAAUCCAUUUGUUCGUGUCGUCAAGGGUUUCAUAUAUCAAAGAAUAAAAUGUUUUGUCAGCCAGACACCGUAGAAGAUAAACCUUUGGUAUUGUCCGUCAAAGAAGACGUAGCACCCGUCUCACUGGGAAGAUCCUGUAAAUCACAUUCAGAAUGUCAAGUUCGCGAUCCGUACAGUUCAUGCAUCGAUGGUAUCUGCGAGUGCAUCAAGCCGACACCAAACUGCAACUCUGGCAACCGAGGAUGCCACAAUGACACUUUCCAGUGCAGAAAUGGUCAAUGCAUUUCCUGGUAUUAUGUCUGUGAUAAGGAAACCAAUUGUCCAGAUAACAGCGACGAAGACGAGUGCAUUCCUUUCAAGUGUCCUAAAGAAGCAUUCCAAUGUAACGAUGGCACAUGUCUUUCGCGUGGUCUUGUUUGUAAUGGAAGAUGGGAAUGUCCGGAUGGUAGUGACGAAGCUAGAUGCUACAAAGGAAUACCGUGCGAUGAGAAAGCUCAUCGAUGCUCUAACGGACAGUGUCUACCUCAAUAUUCGUUUUGUAACGCCGUUUCUGAUUGUGCAGAUGGCAGUGACGAAACGUACGAAGUCUGUCAGAAAGGAAUUACUUGCCCUUCCAAUCACUUUCGAUGCAAAAACAAUCGUUGUAGAUCGACAGCCAUUUUGUGUAGUGGCAUGGAUGGUUGCGGCGAUAACAGUGACGAAACGGAUUGCGAAAUAUGUUAUUGUGAGAAACCACAAUGAGACUAUCGAAACUUCUUGGAUUCAAAGGUGUUCUCUGGUUCCUCAUUUAUUGUCGAACCGAACCGAGGUUUUACAAUUAAGAACAGAACAUAAAAAAGAAUGAGUUCCUUCGGUUC